GUCCGCUUCCUGGAGCCAUUUUUUCCGAAGCAGCUCCGAGGGAAGUUGGUUCGCUCGCCGUUCUCGCUUCCAUCUGCUGCCUCUUCGCCACCGAUCCGUGCACAUCUUGACCGAGAUGAACACAUGAGACUCUCCUCUCUCGAUAUCUGCGAUUAUUUCGUGCGUGCGCUGGUGCGAUUUUGAGAAAAAGAUCAGCGAAGUAAGGGUGUCACAAAGGGAGAUCUCUGAAGAUGAGAAAGGGGGUCUCCUCGGUCUCAGACAGAACGAUUAUAUCAACCUCUCUCAUUGAGCCGAACAUGGGCUUGAUUUCGGGCUCCGAUCGACGUACCGCAGUUUAUUCCACACACAUCCAAAUGAUCACACCGCCUUCACAGCCGAAUCAUGUCCGGGUGUCUUCAUCUGGCAGCUUGUACACAACUCCUCUCCAAGGAUCUGCAAACGGCACCGGCUUGCGACCUGCUUUAGGACGACCUCCGGCCAAACGGCGUUUGGAGUUAGACAUCGCAGACCACCAGUACAGCGAACCGGCCCGAACACCGAGGGGUCGCCGAGCAGCUCUCAGAAUGAAGAGUCCUAAAGCUCCUAAAACCCCACCCGAGAAGUCACGCUAUGACACGUCCCUGGGCCUCCUGACCAAGAAGUUCUGCCAGCUGCUGGCUCAGUCCUCGGACGGCGUGUUGGAUCUGAACCAGGCCGCCGACACGCUCAACGUCCAGAAGAGACGCCUGUAUGACAUCACCAACGUGCUGGAGGGUGUGCGCCUCAUCAAGAAGAAAUCGAAGAACAACAUCCAGUGGCUGGGCUCGACUCUACCAUCAGAAUCGGGACCGGUGUGUCCCCUCGGCCAGCUGCAGACCCUGAGCAGAGAGAUGCUGGCCCUACGAGACGAGGAGAGACGACUGGACGAACUCAUUCAGGCCUGCACUAACAACGUGCAGCAGAUGACUGAGGAGAUGCACAACCAAAAGUAUGCCUAUGUCACGUACCAGGACAUCCGGAAAAUCAAAAGCUUGCAGGACCAAACUGUAAUUGCUGUUAAAGCGCCAUCAGAAACUAAACUGGAGGUUCCUGACCCAAAGGAGAGUUUACAGGUGCACCUGAGCAGCUCUAAAGGCCCCAUCGAUGUGUUCCUCUGCACGGACGCCAGCGAGUCCAGCAGUCCCCUGCGUAACGGCGUGGACGUGAACGGAAACGACACUGCCUUCCUCCGGAUGUCCAGAGCAGAAGACACCAAAGACACAGAAACGGAUGAUUCUCACCAGUCAAACAGCAGCGUGGCGCAGAGCGGGACAGCACCCCUGUCUCCCUUCAGCUCGUCUCUGUCUUCCAUCCUGGGCCCGUUCGUGACGCUCUCGCCCGCUCUGCUGGGAGACGAGUACCCGCUGGGCAUGGACGAGGAGCAAGGCAUCAGCGACCUGUUCGACUCCUGCGACCUAGACAUGCUGCCUCUGGACGAGCUGCUCAUGGUGUGAGCCUGCAGGUGAACAGGAGAUGGUUUACAUGCCCAUUUUGAUUUAAACGAGGGAAAAUGGACUCGCGUGAUGAGAUGUACUGGUCGAGUCCGGAUCAGUUGGACUUCUGGAUCACCAGUCAGUCCCGCUCGGUAGUUUUGAUACCUUUUUGUUUCAUGUUUCAUUCUGUAAAUCCAGAGGAAAUUGUUUUUCUUUUUAAGCGUGAUGUUUGCAUAGUGUAGUGAAUGUUGAAAGCUUCUUGGACCUGAUGUCCGCAUUUGAGCCACUAAGCUAGAAACCUGGUAACCAGGUAGUUUUUCUUUCUUUUUUUUGUCUGACGUUUACAGACAAAACCAAACCCUCAUUACAGCUAAACUAGAUCAAAAGCAUUUCAUUUCAGGUCUUGAUUUCUACAGAGCUAAAAAUACUGAAUUAAAAAUAAUGCUGUCUUGUCACAGACCCACUGCUGUGUUAAAUAUCACUCUAGCAAGCGACGGACGAGUUUCUCUUGUCUGUCUGUAUGUACGAGCUACACUUUCAGAGGGACAUUUGAAUUGAGAGUUUCCUUAAUUCUAUGCAAUGCUGUAAAGCAAGAAAUCCAAGCGAUUGGUUUGAUUCAUGAGUCAUGAAUCCUUGAACAAACAGUAUAGUCCGUGUGGUCUUCAGUUCCCAGCUUCCUAUUUUCCUAAAAUGGAAGAAACAAUUAAUAUGAAACGACAACCCAUAUCACCACUGUUUCAGCUUAUCCUGAAAUAAAGCUUGGACCAGUAGCAGUGAUUAUUGGCGUCUCUGGUGUCAUACCAAAUUUCCGGCGUUAUACUAGCUACGUAUAUAAUAUACAGGGUU